ACAUCGGCCAGUCCGGUGUCGGAACGCUCUUGCCGUGCAUCACAGCCGCCCGAAAGAUUCGUUUUCGUCCGUUUGCCGCGCAUAAAUACGUCGCCGUUAACGUCACCAUGUCGUCCGAAACGUCUCGGCGACACCAACGGCCGUGACCGACAGCACGCGACAAUGACCGCUGCGAUGCCACCGCUCGUGCUGGUACUGGCGCUGCUGCUGACCGCCGCCGAUCGGGUUUGUCCCGCGCUCGACGGCGGAUCCGCGGCCGUCCACCCCGAAGCGGCCGCCACGGCCACGGGCGUCUGGUCCAAGUUCGGGCUGGUCGUCCAGAAGAACGCGGUCGGCCAGUCUACGCCGCACACCACUGAGACGUCGGGCAUAAUCAUGAGGGCCCCCGACCCCCCGGCCACCGGCGUUGGGCCACCACUGGCGUCGCCGACCAUCUCUCCUACGGCCCUGGGUAAGUCGUGGACACAGAUAUCCGUCACGCACCCGCCGCCGCGACCUCCGUCCCACUCGCCGGUAAAGUCCGCUACCACGACCACUGCCAAGUCUGUGGUGGCCACUAGCACGCACGACGCCCGCAGGGACAUACCGUUUAGGUAUCAGCCGCUGAUGAGCACCACCAAGCCGAUGAUCACCAUCACCUUCCCGCCACCUCGCUUGUCCACCGCCCGGCCGACCGUCGGUACGGAGGAGGUGACCUCCAAGCGGGUUAGGCAGUACGAGGACGACGAUGACGAUGACGAUGACGAGGACGAUGACGAAGACGAGUAUGACGUGGAUGACGACGACGAUCAUGAGGAUAAAGGUGAGGAAGAAGAGAUUGAAGAGAUCGUCGAAGUACAACACAUCGACUCGUCCGACGGUUACGGAGAUGAAAAGCCAGCGAUCGUCAAAAAGAAACGCAGACGAAAAAAGAAAGGCAAAAAGCACAAGCCGUUCAAAGUGAAGGAUUUCAAAAAACUAAAAAAAUUUAUGCUGCCACUGCUGUUGGCGUACAAGCUCAAGUUUUUCACGCUUGUGCCACUAAUGUUGGGUGGACUGGUGCUGAUCGUGGCCACCACUGGUUUUGCUGGGUUCUUUUUCGCGCUAUUCGCAGUUGGGUUGGGUCUCAAGGGACACCAUUAAUGGAUCUUCAAGAAAAUGGUUUGCGGCGUACGCGACGUCUGUAUACAACUAUGCGUCGUAUUGAAUGAAGACGUGCAGGAAGAUGCAGGAUGAUGGCAAUGACUCGUCAGCGGACACACAAAAUACAAAAAGAAAGGAAAACACAAACAAAAAUAUACGAAAAAAAAAAAAAGAAAACAAAAUACAACGACAAAAAACGAGUUAUGAGACGCGACAAAAUACAUAAUUAUAUAUUAUUAUAUGUAUAGCAAAUAUAAUUCGUUCAUAUUAUUAUUGUUAUCAAACCGUUGACAUACUAUAUAUAAUAUACGUGUAUUGCUCAAGUCCGUUUGUACUAUCUACCUGUAUCAACGAUUUAUUCACUGUGCAAGAUACGGUUUUAAAUUCAUUUUUUUCUCUCCUAUUGUUCUAUUUGUGUUUCGUGCUUUAGGCAUAAUUCAUAUUUUACAUACAAACGACAUGUCGAUAAACGCGCAUCGUUUUAACGCAAUAUUAUUGUUAUGAUUAAAUUAAAUUAUUUAUUUAUUAGAAUCAUUAAUGUGUAAAUAUAGGUAUAAUAUCAUUAUGCAAAAAAUGUAAUUGUGUAACGACGCAUUGUACAAACGAUAUAACAUUAUUAUUAGAACAUAUUUAUUAUUGAUGUUAUUAGGCUAUUUUUUUUUUGUAUUAUUAUUAUUAUUGUCGAAAAUUAUUUAUCUAUUAUUCUUAUAAGUAUCGGGUGUAACGAAAAAAUUAUGACACAUUUCGAAUUAACUCGUCGUCGCGUCUUCGCGGUUUGACACACGACAAAAUAAUAUCGCGGACUGAAUGCCAUUGCCAUGAUAUCGUAAUUAUUAUACUAUUAUACAAUCAUCUGAUAUUUGUGUCCGCUGCGUUAUUUGACGUGAAUUGAUACGAACAUUGUCAUAAUUUUAUCGAUCAUAAUAUUAUGUUAUAAUAUUUAUUAUAUAUCAAUGUUUUUUUUUACGUUUAACAAAAUAUACAUAACGUGUACU